AUGUCACCUUCAAACUUGAACAGCAACAUCACCAUCACCCACAUCGGGACCGCCACUGCAAUCAUUGACAUUGACGGCGUUAAACUCUUGACCGAUCCUGUCUUCUCCCCAGCCGGCACAGAGUUUGACAUGGGCCUCGCAGUCCUCAAAAUACACGAGACUCCAGCCCUCGGAUUGGAAGACCUCCCUCCUAUCGAUGCAGUCCUCCUGAGUCAUGAGGACCAUCCCGACAAUCUUGAUCCCCUGGGUCGCCAGCUUCUCGACGGCCGUCUCGUGUUUACCACCAUGGACGGCGCAAAGAACUUAGCUCCUCGUCCGGCAGUACGAGGAAUGAAGCCAUGGGAGACAGUCACUGUCAACAUCGGAGGCAAGCCCUUCGAAGUCACGGGAACCCCAUGCCAGCAUCUCCCAGGAGGUGAAUGCACAGGCUUCGUCCUUACCACCCCAAGCUUUGGCACCAGUCCAGAUGGCCUGCCCAAUGCGAUCUGGUUCUCGGGUGACACUGUCUACUUCGAGGAGUUAAACCAGAUUGCUAGCAAGUUCCAUGUUAUGGCUGCAAUCGUCAACCUGGGUGAUGCUCGAGCUCCGCUCCCAGAGGGUCCAUUGCAGAUCACAAUGGAUGGGAAGCAGGCUGCUGAUCUGCUGAAGGCUUUCAAGGCAGAUGUUCUCGUUCCUAUGCAUUAUGAGUCCUGGGGCCAUUUCACCCAGGGUGGUGAUGAGCUGGCUAAGGUGUUCGCCGAGGAAGGGAUUGAGGACCAGGUGUGCUGGCUUGUUCCGGGUAACUCGAAGAAGGUGUUUUAA